CAAGUGUUCGUGUCACAGUCACAAAACAGUACUUGCAAAGUUGCAAUGGUGGGAGCAAAUACUGUGCUGAAGGGGAGAAGCACCUUCCUUCUUUUCUCCUCUCGCCCUCUCCUCUCUCCCAUUUUCAACCAUUUACCCUACAGUAUCACCAUCAAGAACGCUAGUCCCUGCCGCCGGCAGCACUCGCUAUCCCAUCCGUCCACUUCUCUCCAAUACUGUGAAUUGAGUCGCCGGAAAAUGGCCGCUCCGCUCCCAUUAUACGGACGAGGAGACGGAGGAUUGCUCUCCGAGUUUUCCUGCAGCGCCACCGCCGACUCUUCUUCCGCCAAAGACGACGGUAAUCUUGAUCCUGAUAACCCUGCGGGCGAUUCCGGUUCGGGAGAUUCGUCUUCUCGUAAUCAGGUUACGGCGGAGCUCAAGGACGCGGCGAACACACUGGACAUUAGGGUUGGGAAAAUCCUCAGGGCCUGGAAACACGGGGAGGCCGAUUCCCUUUAUGUAGAAGAGGUCGAUAUGGGCGAGCCCGAACCUAGAACUAUCUGCAGCGGCCUUGUUGACUAUAUCCCGCUCCAACACCUUCAGGACAAGUACGUGAUUGUCCUUGCUAAUUUGAAGCCAAGAAAUAUGCGUGGUGUUAAGUCUUCUGGGAUGCUUAUGGCAGCUUCUUGUGCGCUGCAUCAUAAUGUCGAGCUUCUCAUGCCACCUGAGGGUUCUGUUCCGGGUGAAAGGGUGUGGUUUGGUUCAGAUGAUGAAAAAGACACCUUACCCGAGGCUGCAACACCCAAUCAGGUUCAGAAGAAAAAGAUAUGGGAGUUAGUGCAGCCACAUCUCAGAACCAAUGAUUCUUUUGUUGUUAUGUUGGGCCCGCACUGUAUGCGAGCACCAAAGGGCGUUGUGGUCAGCAGCUCUUUAGCUAAUGCAAACGUGUCGUAAUCAAUCAAAGUGACGGCUUGUUGACAUAGUGAAGACAUGGGAAGAUUUCAAGCAUUACUGCUUGUAAGUUUUCUUGGCUCUCAAUCCUCUCAUGGAUCGGAACACAUUCUUGUAAGGAUACGGGUGGCCUGCAGCAUAUUCAGAAUGACGUUUUUUUGGGUGAUUAGACUUGAUGAAGACAUGUUGAUUAACAUGCACGAAUGGUUUUUGACGUUGAUUUGAGUUUUAAUGUCGAGAUAAGAUUGACAUCUCUCGGAAUAAUGGGAGGACUUGUUACGGCAUGCAGGUAAGACUAGUCCUCUGGCUGAACCAAAGAGCUAUUCUAAAGUCUCAUGUUCCAAUCAAGAUUAAUGCUUCUUCUCCAUCUCAUAAACUAGCCAAUGAAUCUUAUUAGUCAUUAUUGCUUGUCUUUAACCCCCCACUGAUAAUGAGGGGCAACUGAGCAUGCUUAUCAUCUGAGAGAACUCUUCUUCCAACUUUCAUUGUGUGAUAAUCUGCAACACUUUUGGAGAUACUUGUAAAAAGAGUUGUCACGCCGUGUAGGUACUUGUGAAAAGGAUGAAAAGGGGUUUUUCCAAAGUUGACUGGGCACAAAAGUUAAGAAAAUGAAAGAAUAUGA